ACCCCAUAUCCAAGGCCAACUCCGGAAGGCCCUGUAGAAGCAGAGGCAGGCAGGCACAGGCAGCCAUUACUCCCACUGUCCCACACUCCCGCUCCCGGACCUGCUGCUGCUGGUGGCGGCGCCGGCAGAUUCGAACCCGAUAUCCCCUUCCAUUACUCAGCGCAUCAUCAGGGAGAGUUCCAUUCGGCGGGCGCAAUAACUCCGUCAUGGCCGCUGCAACACGGAGGGCCGCCUCCUCGCUCGUCUCCCGCUGCCUCCUCUCCAGGCCCUCUGCCGCCGGGCGGCCUGCCGUGCCCUCUGCGCUCCACAAGCCAGUGCACGAUCUGCCUGCAGAUGGGACAUGUGGACUGUUGCCGGGGGUCCGUCAGAGGUUCAGCACUGCAGCAGCAGUAGAGGAGCCCAUCGUGCCCCCAGUUCAAGUGAACUACACAAAGCUCCUCAUCAAUGGCGACUUUGUUGACUCCGCAUCCGGUAAGACAUUUCCAACUCUGGACCCCCGUACCGGCAACGUCAUUGCUCAUGUGGCAGAAGGCGAUGCGGAGGACGUCAACCGUGCGGUUGCUGUGGCCCGUAAGGCGUUUGAUGAAGGGCCAUGGCCCAAGAUGACUGCCUACGAGAGGUCUAAGAUCCUUUUUCGAUUUGCUGAUUUGAUAGAGAAGCACAACGAUGAGAUUGCUGCUUUGGAGACAUGGGACAACGGGAAGCCAUAUGAACAAGCUGCUCAUAUUGAAGUGCCCAUGGUCGCUCGUCUUAUGCGUUACUAUGCUGGAUGGGCUGACAAAAUCCAUGGGCUCAUUGUGCCGGCUGACGGCCCGCACCAUGUACAGGUGUUGCACGAGCCUAUUGGCGUCGCAGGUCAGAUCAUCCCAUGGAACUUCCCACUUUUGAUGUUUGCCUGGAAAGUUGGCCCUGCUUUGGCAUGUGGGAACACUGUUGUGCUCAAGACUGCUGAGCAAACUCCUCUGUCCGCUUUGUAUAUCGCUAAGCUGUCGCAUGAGGCUGGACUCCCUGAUGGUGUUUUGAAUGUUAUCUCUGGUUUUGGUCCUACUGCUGGUGCUGCUCUUGCUAGUCACAUGGAUGUUGAUAAGCUUGCAUUCACUGGAUCAACGGAUACCGGCAAAAUUGUUCUUGAGUUGGCUGCAAGGAGCAACCUUAAGCCAGUGACACUGGAGUUAGGAGGCAAGUCUCCUUUUAUUAUCAUGGACGAUGCUGAUGUUGACCAUGCUGUUGAGCUUGCACAUUUUGCCCUGUUCUUUAACCAGGGACAAUGCUGCUGUGCUGGGUCUCGCACAUUUGUACAUGAGCGUAUUUACGAUGAGUUUGUGGAGAAAGCCAAGGCUCGUGCUUUGAAGCGUGUAGUUGGCGAUCCAUUCAAGAAAGGUGUUGAACAGGGCCCUCAGAUUGACAAUGAGCAAUUCAACAAGAUCUUGCGCUACAUUAGGUCAGGUGUUGACAGUGGAGCUACCCUUAUGGCUGGUGGUGAUAGGUUAGGUGACAAAGGUUUCUACAUCCAGCCAACGAUUUUCUCAGAUGUGCAGGAUGGCAUGAAGAUUGCUCAAGAGGAAAUCUUUGGGCCUGUUCAGUCGAUCCUCAAGUUCAAGGAUCUCAAUGAGGUCAUCAAGAGGUCAAAUGCAAGCCGGUACGGAUUGGCUGCCGGUGUGUUCACCAACAAUUUGAACACGGCCAACACCCUGACACGUGCGCUCAAAGUUGGCACUGUCUGGGUAAACUGCUUCGACAUCUUCGACGCCGCGAUCCCCUUCGGCGGGUACAAGAUGAGCGGCAUCGGGAGGGAGAAGGGCAUCGACAGCCUGAAGAACUACCUGCAGAUCAAGGCCGUUGUCACCACUCUGAAGAACCCCGCGUGGUUGUAAACAUGAAUUGUGGAUAAUCGGAUGUGAAAAUGGCGACAAUCAGAUGCGCUGAUGAUCAUGAUGAUGAAUAAGACGAUGAAGAGCUGGUCUAAUAAGAUUUGCCCUAGCCUGAGUUGUCAAUUAUCUCUAAUAAGCCCUUGUGGUUGGUGCUCGUCUUGUGUAAUUUGUUUCUCAUACUUUUUUCCAUUGAGUUAAAAACUUUUAUAUUGUAGCAACGGAUUGGAGUUUCAAUAUGAAAUACCUCCUGUUGGAAGUGAA